GGUGUCAACGUACGCGGCGAUGGUACCUUCACUGUGUGCUUUUGCGGGGUUGAUUCUCUGCUCUUGUUCAUUGUACGCACGCGCAUCGGUUUUGACACCGAAACGGUACACACUGAGGUACGGCAGGGAGUACAGCUCGACUUGUUUCGAGCACUUCAAGGGUCUGUUCCAUUCUGAUGCUCAUUUUGUUGUGAACGUCAUUGCAUGCGAAUGCGCAUCCAGCUACGAGAACUCUAGUUUGAAGGCUGAAUUGAACUUCAAAAUUGCUAAAAAGGUCGACGUAGACCGCAACGACUCUACCAGCAAGGGGCACAGUACCGAUGGUCUCACUCAGAGCACAGACGUCAAUGCAGAAGGUGGCGUCGUCGGACAACAGCCCAAACAGCAGGGUCUUGCUGCAGUUGGAAAGAAGGCUGCUCGAGCAGAGAACAGAGCAGGCAAACAGGUCAAGCGAACAGGUGCCAAUACAAAGUCUAAAAAUGCAGUGAAAAAGGCGUCCAGCAUUGUCAAGAAUUCGAAAGGACAGACUGAUGAUCUCGAGACUCAGACGGGCACUAACCGCACUGUCGAGAGUCCGACGUCUAGGAUAUUUGAUCAGCUGGGGAGGGAAACCCGCGAGGGUCACGGUCGUAGAUGCAAACCACUGCCUAAGAACGAGACCGUUGGCAUUCGAAAUUGUAGGAAACUACUGAUUGGCGAGCAGUGCAGCGCGGCAAAGGCAGGAAUCUACUCUGUGAUUCUCAAAGGUUAUGGAAACUUCAAAGUUCUUGUAACCAGGCAUGUGGCAGGACUGAACUAAAAAAGUCUACUGCAUUAUGAUGGGUUUCUUUAAUAACUAGUAGAUUUCGUGACUAGAGGUAGUAACUAGAUACAGCAUUAGAGAUGGGCACCUGUUGAGAAUGUAAGGAGCACGUGGACAUUGUUUCUCGUACAUACACAUAUGCUAUGACAUGACUAUCGGUAAUACGAUCUAGAAUAUACUGUCAACAUAUUAAUG